AUGGGCGCGCUGGGCCAGGUCGUGCUGUGGCUGCAGUUCUGCGCGCUGACCCGGGCCGCCUACAAACUCUGGCUCCCCAACACCGACUUCGACGACGCCUCCAACUGGAGCCAGAACCAGACGCCGUGCGCCGGCGCCGCCGUCGAGUUCCCGGCCCACAAGAUGGUGUCAGUCCUGGUGCAGGCACGUCACAGCGUCUCCGACCUGCUCCUGCCGCUGGACGGGGAACUCAUCCUGGCCUCUGGAGUGGCAUUCAGCGCAUCAGUCACCACCUGGGACCCGAACUGUAGCGCAGGCUCCCCCGCGCUCUUCCGCGACCCCGACCGCUUCUUGUGGCACGACCCGAGCCUGUGGCACUCCGAGGACGCGGUGAGCGGUCUCUUCUCCGUGGACGCCGAGCGCGUGCCCUGCCGACACGACGACGUCGUCUUCCCGCCGGCCACUUCCUUCCGCGUGGGGCUGGGCCCCGGUGUCCGAACUGUGCGCAGUGUGUCAGCCCUGGGCCAGACGUUCACGCGCGACGACGACCUGGCUGCCUUCCUGGCGUCCCGCGCCGGCCGCCUGCGCUUCCACGGGCCAGGCGCGCUGCAUGUAGUCCCCGAGGCCUGCGCCGACCCGUCGGGCUGCGUCUGUGGCAACGACGAGGAGCUGCCAUGGAUCUGCGCAGCCCUGCUCCAGCCCCUGGGUGGCCGCUGCCCCGCUGUCGCCUGCCGCGACGCUCUCCAGCCUGAGGGCCAGUGCUGCGACCUGUGCGGAGCGAUAAUUUCGCUGACCCACGGCGCCGCCUUUGAUCUGGAGCAGUACCGGGCGCGGCUGCUGCGCACCUUCCUCCUGCCCGAGUAUCAGAGACUGCAGGUGGCCGUGUCCAAGGUGCGGCGCACGCAACGGGUCCGGGAGGCAGCGGGUCCGGGGCCUGACACGGAGAUCCAGGUAGUGCUGGCGGAGGCCGAGCCCGGGGCAGGCGGCGCCACGCGGCUGGCCCAAGACAUCCUGGCCGACAUCGCCGAGAACGGAGAGGCCCUCGGCAUCCUGUCAGCGACUGUCCGCGAGUCGGGCUCGCCCGUCAUGGGUGGCUCCGCGGCGGGGCUGGACGGGCCGGGACACCGCGCGGCGAUUCCAGGCGUCGUCGUGGCCGCGCUGCUCUUGGCGGUGCUCUUAGCGGUGUUCCUGGUGGUCCUGCUGCGCCGGGCGAGGAGGCUCAGGUGGAGUCGCGGGGAGGAUGCGGCACCCGCGCCGACCGGGCCCCCCCUGGGUUUCGACAACCCGGUGUUCGACUCGGCAGGCUUCGCGGACUCCAAGCAGAGGGCCCCCGCCCCGCAGCCGGACGCCGGGAGCACCAGCCGCAGUUACUUUAUCAACCCGCUGUUUGCCGGCCAAGAGGCGGAGGCCUGA